UUCUUGCUCAGCUUCAAAGUGUUCUGGGGCAAGGACAGGACAGUUGGGGCCUCACCAGCGGCUCACAAGCUCUUCUGAGGCCUCAGGCCUCUGACUGGACCCUAUGGGGCCACCGGGGGCCAGGCUGGCCCUCCUGCUCCUCCUCCUGCUCCCCACGCAGGGUGCUGAAUCCUGUGGUACCACCAGGUGCUGUUUUCAGGACCCGCCCUAUCCGAACGCAGACUCAGGAUCUCCUCCAGCCUCAGCCUCAGGCCCCAGGGACCUGAACUGCUACCGGAUAUUUGGGGCUGGUUACGAAUGCUCCUGGGAGUAUGAGGGUCCCAUGGCUGGGGUCAGCCACUUCCUGAGGUGCUGCCUCAGUCCCGGGCGCUGCUGCUACUUCUCCGCGGGCUCGGCCACCAAGCUGCAGUUCUCUGACCAGGAUGGCAUACCCGUGCUCUCCGACGUCACUCUCUGGGUGGAAUCCCGGACCACCAACAGGACGGAGAAGUCGCCCAAGCUUACCCUGAAGCUACACUAUAGCUCUGUUCAGUACGACCCUCCACCAGGAGACAUCCAGGUGUCGGGGGGAGCAGGGCAGCUGUACAUGAAGUGGGAGACUCCAGCCGGCCAGGAAGGUGCCGAGGUCCAGUUCCGGCGCCGGACACCUCGCAGCCCGUGGAAGUUGGGUGACUGUGGACAUCGGGGAGAUGCUGGCUUCGAGUCAUGCUUCUGCCCGCUGGAGGUAAACGAAACCCAGGAAUUCCAGCUAAGGCGGCGGCGGCAGCUUGGGCCAGGGGCCCCGGGAGGUCCCUGGAGCAGCUGGAGCAGCCCCGUGUGUGUCCCUUCUGAAACCCCCCCACAGCCCAAGGUGUUGUUCUUGGUGGAGCCACUUGGCCGGGAUGGGCGGAGGCGCGUGACCCGGAAGGGGCAGCUACCUCAGCUCCAGCUCCCAGAAGGCUGCCGUGGGCCUCAGUCUGGCGCGAGAGUGACCUACCGCCUGCACCUGCACAUGCUGUCCUGUCCCUGUAAGGCCCAGGCCACCAAGACCCUGAGCCUGAGGACAACAUUCAACCUCUCAGGCGCUGCCUACGACCUGGCUGUCAUCUCUGAGAAUCGCUUCGGCCCCGGCCCCAACCAGUCGUGGCACAUUCCUGCCCACACACACACAGAACCAGGAGCUCUGAAUUUCAGUGCUGGAGCCAAUGGGACCACUAUGAGUUGGCCGGGCUGGGCCCCAGGCCUGACGUACUGCAUUGAGUGGCAGCCCCAGGACCAGAAUGCGAGUGCUGCCACCUGCGCCCUGACUGCACCCAAAGACCAGGAUCCUGCUGGAACUGCAACCCACCUCUGGAGCCGAGUGUCUGGGGCACUGGAGCAGAAGGUGUGUUACCGCAUCGCCAUUUUUGCCUCUGCACAGCCGAACAAGCCCAACUCAUGGUCCUCGGUUUUGUCUACCUACCACUUUGGGGACAAUGCCUCAGUGAUUGGGGUCCCCCAGCACGUGUUGGUGAAGACGCUCAGCCCAGACUCGGUGUCGGUGGACUGGACGCCGUCUCUGCUGAGCACCUGCCCCGGCGUCCUAAAGAAGUACGUCGUACGCUGGUGGGACGAGGACAGCAACCAGGUGUCUGAGCUGCCCGUGAACCCCACAGAGACCCAGGUCACCCUUGGGGGCCUGCGGGCCGGCGCAGCGUACAGCGUGCAGGUGCGAGCAGACACGGAGACACUGAGGGGUGCCUGGAGCCAGCCCCGGCACUUCCAUGCGGAAAUCCAACCCAAGCUUCAGGAGGCAUCUGACUUGGCCAUCAUCCUCACGUCUCUGGGGAGCUUCCUGAGCAUUCUCCUCCUGGGUGUCCUAGGGUACUUCGGCCUGAACAGGGCCUUGCCGCACCUGUGCCCGCCCCUGCCCACACCAUGCGCCAGCACUGCAGUGGAGUUCCCAGGCAGCCAAGGGAAGCAGGCCUGGCAGUGGACCAGCACGGCAGACUUCCUGCAGGAGGAGGAAGAGUCCCUGAAAGAGGCCCUGGUGGUGACCAUGCCCUGCGAAAAAGACGACAAGGCUGACUUGGAUGCACCCAGCCCUCCCAAGGCCAAGACAGAGCUGCCUCAGGACGCCCCCGAGCCAGCCCCAGACACAGAGCUGCCCUUGGAAGACAGGAGACAGGUGCAAGGACAUCCUGAGGCAGGGGCCCUGGGGCCCAGUGGGCAGGACAGGCUGGAGGGCAGCCCUGUCCAGGCAUCUGAACUGUCCCUGCUCCUGGGAGAACAAAUGCAGAGCCCCAGGCACGAUGGCACUUGACACAGGGGCCUGGAGGCCUGAGGGAAAAGCAGGACUGUCUACCUCAUCUUAUAGACGGGAAGACUGAUGUUGAAAUCACAGCAGCUGGUUAGUAAAUGCUUAUUGCAUCCCCA